CGAGGUCGGAAACACCCGGAUUCAUAGCUAUAUAAGUUUACGUUCGAGUGAAUUAGUCGAUACCUCUUCCAGGUGUUUCUUGCCACAGGUCUGCAUGAGGCUAGCUGUGAUAAGGAUGAGGUGUGUCCGAGCAGUCACGUGUCUCCUGCUGUCAAUCAUUUCAGCGAGGGGCGUGGUUUCAGAAUGCCUGAUGACAGAUGACGAGUGCGUAUUUCACCUCACCAUUAAACACCGCCUGACCAUGAUGAAAGACAACAUGGCUGUUUUCCCUUCUGGUCGGAAAUUGUAUAAGUAUGACGUCACAAACACGUCAGAAGCAACCCCUAUGACACCGGAAGGAAUAAUCCAAGCCGACGGCUAUGAGCCACAGCGCUUGGUCACAGUUGCUAACGGCACCAUGCCUGGACCAGCCAUUGUCGUCUAUGAAGAUCAAACGGUCAUUGUCCAUGUUAAAAAUGAGCUUUAUAACGAGGGCGUAUCAAUGCAUUGGCAUGGUCUUCAUCAAAAAGGCACCCCGUUUAUGGACGGAGUAUCGUUCAUUACCCAGUGUCCAAUUCUCCCGGGUCAGUCGUUCACCUACAAGUUCAAGGCUAAACCAAAGGGCACCUUCUGGUAUCAUUCUCACAAUGCCAAUCAGAGGACCAUGGGCCUUCAAGGUCCGCUGAUUAUCAAAGAGAAGAAAGCAUCGAUAAUGGAAGAAAUGGUAAUGGUGCUACAAGACUGGAACCACGACGACUCAACGACCGUGCACUUAAAGAUGGAUUUCGGUGGAUUCGAGGAACGAAAACCUCUUGAAACAACAGAUGCUAUCGAUGGGUCCCAUUUCAGCCGGUAUUUCAUGACAAGUGGUCUUAUUAACGGCAAGGGCCGUCUCUAUGAUAAGUUCGGGGGUCAUAAUGACGCACCGCUAUCUAUUUUCACAGUGAGACCAAAUCAACUGUACAGGUUCCGGGUCAUCGCCGCUGGCCACCUCUACCCAUUCCGGGUGUCCGUGCACGGUCACGAACUGACCAUUGUGGCGUCCGACGGGUAUGACCUACGUCCAGAAGUCGCAGAGUCCUUCAUCAUCAACCCCGGUGAGAGAAUCGACUUCAUCCUCAACACCACGAACGCAGUGGACAACUACUGGAUUCGGGCACAGACUCUCGAGAAAGGUGUGGACCACAAAGCUGAAGCCAUCCUCAGAUACGAAAGAGCGCCUGAUGCAGAACCAACUUCAUUCAGGAGAACAUGCUCGGAAGCUGAUCCGUGUCGCGUCAUCAACAGCCCCUUCACUUACUACCCAAUAGAUAACACUCAAACAGUCAGGUUCGACCAACUCAAAUCUUUGUCUAAUGAUGAUCCCGCUCCUCCGGUGACCUCUGGGAAGUUCAAAGAACACUUCCUCAACUUUGCUUUCCCCGGCUAUUCACAUUUCCCAGGUCAAGUCAAUGGACAUAAAUUCAAGAUGCCUAAUGUCGCGGGUCUGACCCAAAUGAAUGAGAUUGAUACAACAUGCGACAAAGUAGACUGCGGGUUUAACAAGACCUGUCUUUGUACAUACACCCUCAACCUUACAUACGGAGACACUGUUCAGAUGGUCUUUCUCAACAUGGGCAACGGGAAGGGUUGGUCUCAUCCGAUUCAUCUCCACGGCCAUUCCUUCUACGUGCUAAAGAUGGGCUAUGCCAUACAAAAUAGCUCCACUUAUCAAAUCGAAGGCAGUAACAUGGACAUAAGCUGUAACGGGGAUCCUUUUUGUAAUGCUCCUACAUUUGAAAACUCAUCGUGGACGGGGGAUAACAUACCUGGCCUGGAGCUGAAGAACCCACCGCGGAAGGAUACCAUUAUAGUGCCAACUGGUGGUUAUGCGGUUGUGAGAAUCCGCGCUGACAACCCAGGGCUGUGGUUCAUGCAUUGCCACAUUGAGAUGCACAACGCUGACGGGAUGGCGAUGAUGAUCAACGAGGCUCAGGACCAUUAUCCCUCUCCUCCAAAGAGCUGGCCCCGAUGCUCAGGAUUUGGCCCGGAAGUGAUAUAUGAGCCAAAGACUAAUGGAUCAGACAAAGACAAUGAAGCAGACAAGACAAAAUCCAUCCUAACGGUACGUCAUGACGUGUUCUGGACUGUGGUCGGCUGCCUGAUCGGGGUGUGCGCACUUCAGUUCCUCAUCCUGCUGUGCAUGUGCUGCCGGCGAUACGAGGGGUCGGGCCGGGAGAAAUACAGCAUGGAGAAAACCCCUGAUCCCAAAGUAAACCACGCCUUUGAUAAUAUAGAGGGAGACCUGAACAGUAAACAAAAAUUUUGAAUCAUAUUGACAGAGAUUUGAAUAUAUAUGCAUUGUUGAAUUUAAAGAAACCAUCUGUACAUUAUUAAUUAAUUUUAAAAACUUCAUUUUAAGAAAUCAUUGACGAAUCAACGACAAUUAUCAUAUUGGUCAGUCGGGAGUUAAUCAAGGACCAGUAUUGUGCAUGGUGUGGCGGCAUUGGUUGUGUGAAAACCUGAGACACCAAUGCAAUUAGUUUGUUGAUUUGGCUUUUCCCAUCAGUGAGGUGUCCCAGUCAAUCAGUUGAGCUGGGAUUCAUAAGGUCAACAUCCUAAAUGGGACUAUCCCAAACUGGACUUAAAUAUCGAUAUAAUUAAAUACGAUAUAUUAAAUCCAACAAAUUGGGUAUCUAUAUUAUUCUCAGCCAAUCACAAUUUUAAAAAUACACUUAUUAAUUUUCCCGAGAAAGGCAUAAAUUAGGUAUGAAAACAUCUUUAGAUUUAUUACUAGGCAGCACCUGUAAUAGACUACGCUGCAGACUACUACGUACCAGCAAUGUGGCUUUAUCAAUGUAGCAUUAUACCCAAAUUGUCUAUAAUCGCCGUGUCACGUACCAGCAAUGUGGCGUUAUCAAUGUAGCAUUAUACCCAAAUUGUCCAUAAUCGCGGUGUCACGUACCAGCAAUGUGGCUUUAACAAUGUAGCAUUAAACCCAAAUUGUCCAUGCUCGCUGUCAUGUACCAGCAAUGUGGCUUUAUCAAUGUAGCAUUAUACCCAAAUUGUCCAUGCUCGCUGUGUCACGUACCAGCAAUGUGGCGUUAUCAAUGUAGCAUUAUACCCAAAUUAUCCAUGCUCGCAAUGACACAUACCAGCCAUGUGGCUUUAUCAAUGUAGCACUAUACCUAAAUUGUCGAUGCUCGCAGUGUCACGUACCAGCAAUGUGGCGUUAUCAAUAUAGCAUUAUACCCAAAUUGUCCUUUCUCGCAGUGUCAUGUACCAGCAAUCUGGCGUUAUCAAUGUAUACCCAAAUUGUCCAUGCUCGCUGUAUCAUUUACCUGCUCUUGACCAGUAGGGAAAGUGACCUGCCUGGCUUUAUCAGUGCAGCGUUUUACCCAGAUGUCAUAGAGGCACCACUGGUUGAUCGCCGACAAGUUCAGGGACCGGCCACUUCAUAUUCUGGGAAUGAACAGAAUAUUCUUCACUGCUUCAAGACAUACAACCUGUAUGUCUGAAAAUUAAUUCCCAUCAAAUGAUCGCACGAACAAAUAGUUGUCAAGCCUUUUCUGGAACGAUAAUUUUACGCCCCCAUCCGCAAAUGGAAAUGCACUGUCACAUAUUUCUAUCAAAAUGUUGCAUAGCAAUAUCACACCUUUCAUGCCCGCAUAACAAUGAUGAUAACAAUUAAGCAACACAUCAUGUCAAAGAUUUGUGGCCAUUUCGUUCCGUUUUAUUGCAAUUAUUUUUAACAUUCGAAUGUAAUUUUAUUUUUUCUUGACUCUAGCUACAUGCAGUAAAACUGUUGCUCAAAGGAGUGUCCACAUAAACUUAGAUGGACAACUCAAACAUAAGCCACUUGAAUCUCUAUCACACGAUGUGCGUACUGUAAAACUGGUCAAGCCGUGUUCACGUGGCUGGAUGAUGGAGUGAGUCAUUGCAGUAGAACCGUAGACGAUCGUGUGGAUCAAUCAAUCCAUCGUCGACCGCCUCCAUGGUCUAAUGGUAGAGCGUCCGCCCGGAGAGCGGAAGGUCCGGGGUUCGAUCCCCAGCCGCGUCA